ACAAAAGAAAACCUCACAGUGGAGACGUGUCCCGGAUCGCAGUCUUUUCUUUUGCUAAUAAUUCUUCCUUUGACAGCAUGGACGAGUCAAACACAACGAGGAUUGUGCUGCUCGGAAAAACUGGAGUCGGAAAGAGCAGCCUUGCUAACAUCAUUUUGGGAGAUGCCAAAUUCAAAAUUGACCAUUGUAAUGACUCAAAAAUGAAAUCUUCUUCAGCAGAAACCAAAUCCAUCGAUGGACGAAGCAUCACUUUGAUCGACACUCCUGGUUUCUUCGAUGCAGGAAGGUCUGAGGAGGAGAUGAAGCCAGAGAUGGUGCGGUGUCUCACAGAGUGCGCGCCUGGGCCCCAUGCUAUUCUCAUUCUGCUCAAAGUGGAGAAAUUCACAGAGCAGGAGAGGGCUGUGAUCACUCAAAUGUUUCAGUAUUUCUCUGAAGACGCGCUCAAACACACCGUAAUUGUCUUCACUCAUGGCGACCAGCUCCCCGAAGGAAAGAAAAUAGAGGAGUACGUAGAGCAAAGUGAAGGUCUGAGUGAUCUGGUGACCAGGUGCGGAGGCCGGUGCCACGUCUUCGACAGUAAAUACUGGAAGACCAAUGAAGGGGACGAGUACAGAAGUAACCAGUUCCAGGUGGCAGAGCUACUCAACACUAUAGAUGGCAUAGUGACGGCAAACAGUUCAGGCUACUACACAGACGAAGCUAUGCAAGAGAUAGAGAGAGAAAUACAGAAAGAAGAAGGGCACAUUAGACAAGCAUCAAGAAACAUGCCAGAGGAAGGGAUCAGAAAAGAGGCUAAAAGCAACUACUUAAAGAAGCAGGUGGACAACGCACCUCGAACAUGGUUUAGAAGUUUUAUUCGAUACGCAGUUAUAGCUGGAAUACUUGCAACUAUCUCAGCUGUGUUGAUCAAUUCAAAAAUGUUUAAGAUAUUUAGGGUAGCACCACAGGAUAUCGAAGUCCCAGCAACACCACCACUGACAGAGGUGGAGACAGAAAACGAUGGCACAGGUUCAGAUUCUCACCCAGUGGUAGAGGUAAUACAAAGUGCAUUUGAGUACUUUGUGGAGAAAUACAAUGCUUUGUUUGAAAGAAUGUACAAUCCUUCGAAUCCAUUUGAAUACCAGCAGGCAGUCCUGCAAAAGUCUGUUCAUGAUGUGGGGGAUCUGGUGAUCACUGUCCGAGACGGCCUUGAACUUCACACAUCCUCUCCAAACAAGAAUAUGACAGCCCCGGUACAGUUGUAUCCAGAGGAAGGGAGGGUUUUAGUGAGCCUUUCAACUCAACCUGAUGAUGAAAAUGAUGUUAGAGAUUGGAAAGCAGAGGUUGACAAACUCUUUAAUGGCUACCUGUGCCACUGUGAGGUGGACCCUCACAAAGUUGUAGCUUUGCUUGAGUCCAGGAACUCUCUUCAGACCACCAAUGACGUUAAGGUCUACAGCGAGAAUGGGAUGGCUGUUGUUGUUGGGCACCGUUCUCAGGUGAACGCCAAGUUAAUGGAUGUAGAAGCCUUGCUUGGUAAACAAAGGCCACGGUUACUUGAGAGGCAAACUUGCAUUUGUCGACUGGGCGAGGCUAAGCUCCGCCUCCUCUGGAAAGAGAUUGAGCACACUUUGCAAAAAGACUUUCCAGGAGUGAAGGUCACACAGGGAGCUCCAGGUCAGUUGCAUUUGGAAGGUUCUGUCGAGGAUAUUCUUAAAGCUAAAGAUCGGAUCUCUGAUCAGGAGAAGUUGGUGUUCAAAAGGACAGUUUCUGACAUGAGCCCACAUUUGUUGGCCUUUCUAAAGAAGGCUUAUAAUGGUCCUGGUGUGCUAGGGGACUUUUUAGGGGUUGCUGGCAAGGUGGAAGUAGAGUUACGAGACACAGAGCUACGUUUCUUAUCCCUUUCUAACAAUAUUCUUGUUGAAACAGAAAAGGCACUGCAAUGUGAGAUUAAGGAAGUCAAGAUUGAUGUUCCUUACUGCUCUGCUGUGCCAUCUGAGCUUCAGGAAAAGCUUAAGUCUGAGACAAAGGAUAUGAACCAAGUGCAACACAGAGCUCAGGUUGUGUUUGGCGCAGACAGCAGUGUGUGCUUACUGGGCCACACCAAAGAGGUUGAAGACCUAAAUGAAGUUGUCAUACAGUUUAUUUUGGAUCAGUCUAUUGUGCAAAGUGUCGUCAAUCUGCCUUUUGAAGAGUUAGUGCAUGAGUUACCAGAAUUUCUGCAGCUCCAUGGUUUAGAUCAUUCAGGGGUUACCUUUAAUCCUUUAACAUCUUCCUCUCGGCCCAUGGUGGUGCUGGAAGGUCCAUCCAGCAAAGUGACUGAGGUAAGGAACAGGCUGGGGCCAAUUCUGGACUCCCUUGUUCAAGAUAGACUCCCCAUUGAUAACAGAGUAGAGGUGAAGUACCAAACAAGUACUGAAAACAGGGCACCAAGUGAUCUGGGGUUCCAGAUGGAUGCUUCUGGCCAAGAUGGAGAAAGAGGAGCCACUGCUGGAGCUCCUGGAGGGGGUGUCCGUGUAGAGAUCAUUCAGGGAACCAUCGAGACCCAACAGCUGACUGCAAGGUUUAGAAAGGAAGCAGAUGAAGAAACGAUUCCUGGUGACACAGUCCUGGUGGAGGCUCGAGCUGGACAAUCAAAUGCAGUCAUUUUCCUCAACCUCGCUCCAUGGAACGAGGAUCCGGAUGGAGCUCCAGUUGAGGUUCUGAGAAUGGGCAUUAACAACAUCCUAACUUGCUGUGAGGAUAGAGGGUUUGGAUCAGUUGCCCUGCCUGUACUCGGCGCAGGGAUUGCCCUGCGUUUCCCUGACAGCCUGGUAGCGAGGGUUGUCCUGGAGGAAGUUUAUGCUUUUGAACAGAACCGAGCCAGCGUGAAACCUCUCCUGGUCCGCAUCGUCAUCCACCCCGAAGACGAAGACUCUUUGGAGGCCUUCAAGUCUGCCCAGGAAGCUUCCCAAAUCAAAGGAUUCACAAUGAGGAUGAACCAGCAUGCACAAGGUCCAACUCCAACAAGGAUUGUCCUGCUGGGGAAAACUGGAUCAGGGAAAAGCAACCUAGGAAACACCAUACUUGGAGAGGAAGUGUUCACCACAAACAAUUCUCCCAACUCUGGAACAAGGAAAUGUCAAGCAGAAACCAAAACUGUCAACGGAAGAAGCCUCACUUUGAUCGACACUCCUGGUUUCUUUGACGCAUGCAAGUCGGAAAAGGACAUGAAGCCGGAGAUAGUGAGUUGUAUCACAGAGUGCGCUCCUGGGCCUCAUGCUUUUGUCAUUGUGCUUAAAGUGGAGAAGUUCACAGAGCACGAGCAGGCUGUCAUCACUAAAAUAUGCGAGUAUUUCUCCAAAGAAGUUUUCAAAUAUGCUGUGAUUGUCUUCACACACGGCGAACAGCUUGAAGGGAGGACAAUCGAGGAAUUUGUCAAACUGAAUAAGAAUCUGAGUGAUCUGGUGAAGAAGUGCGGCGGCCGCUGCCAUGUCAUGGAUAAUAAACACUGGAAGAACAACCAGCAGGAAGAAUACAGGAACAACCAGGUCCAGGUGAAGGAGCUGCUCAUCGCAAUAGACAAUAUGGUGAAGGACAACAAUGGAAGCUUCUACACCAAUGAGGUGUUUCAAGAAGUGGAGAAAUACAUUUGCACAGUGGUGGAGGAGUACAUCAAACACGACACGUCGUCGGGAAACGUGCCAUUGGAAGAGAUCAGAAAAGAGGCUAAAUCCAUAGUGUUUGAGAGGCUGUUGAUCCAACUGGCAGGUGCAACAACAGGAGCAUUGUUAGGCGCUUUUUGUGGAGUUGCAUUUAUGGUUGCGCUUGUGAUGAUAGCCCUGCAUAGCGCCGGAGGAUUCAUGAAUGUCCUGAAACAGAUGAAAGCAUUGAGAGGGACUGCAGCAGUUGGCGGAGGAGGAGGCCUGGGAGUUGCUGGAACAGUUUUAGCUGUAGCUAGCGCCGCAGGGUUCGCUGUAACAGGGGGAGUGGCAGGUGGAGCGAUAGGACUUAAGGCAGCAGAGGGAGCUAAAACACCAGGGGAGGCAGUCGAGAUGUCAUAUAAUGCUGUCAUGGAAAAAGUAAAUGAUGUCAUAGAAAAAGGGAAAGGUCAUUUCAAUCUGAAAUAACGACCUUUGGAGGGCGUGUUUCUGGUUCUUUAGCUGCUCAAUGCACUUCUAUGUUCAUAAGCAGGUAGAGAACAGUGGGUUUAUCACAACUUUAUGAAUAAAACCACUUACCACUGACGCUAGAAACAAGCUUGAUGAGAGUAAGCGAGAGUGGUGGAAAGUAACUAAGUACAUUUACUGAAGUAUUGUACUUAAGUACUUUUUUUAAUUGCACUUUACUUGACUAUUUCCAUUUAACACUUCUUUAUGCCUAUACUAGAUUUAAGAGGCAAAUAUCAUACUUUUUAUUUUUUGGUUACUUGGUGUAUAUAAAAACUCUUGAUUUGCUGAUAUGAUAUAAUGCAGUACUGUAGUACUAAUCAACACAGUAUUUCAAGUAUCAAUGCUAAAAUACUCUUACAGUAUACAAUAAUAAUAAUAAUAAUAAUAAUAAUGAAGAUAUCCAUUCUGCAUAACAAGUACUUUUACUUUUGAUACUUGAAGUACAUUUAGUUGAUAAUACUUUUAAUAAUUGUAGUUCUGAAACGGGUCAUUGUGUAAUAUCAGUAAAAUAUAAAUAACUGACUUUUAUUUCUAGUGGAGUAUUUUUUAAGACAUAAGUGUUUGUACUUUUAAAGUUUCUGGCUACUUUUCCAGCAGUGAUUAGCGGGUCAGAAAACCUAAAAAGGCUGCAAGAGUUAGGUAAUAAUUAUUUGUGUGUUUGACGCUAAGAGUGACAAAUUAUACUCAUGCAACUUGAUUCAUUGUUAAUAUUACACAAAUGCAUAAGGGAAUAAUAUUUAGGCACUGACGAACACAACUUGAUCUAAACAAUACAAGCAUAAUAGGUGGAGGUAAUCGUUUAUUUUAAAGCUUCUAAUCUCUGUACUCAUUUGUAAAUAAAGUCAAAAUCGUUAUAAUAUAAUAUAAGUGGGCUUAUGCAAUCUAUAUAAAUAUGUUCAUACUGCAUUUAUGUUCAAUUAUCUGACAGUGGAGUUUUGAAUCUGGUGUGUUUUGAAAAUGUUUUUCUAUAUCAUGAUGCAACUAUGUUCUGUUAUAAAUCUGUCUUUCAACAAUAAAAGCAGUGAUUGCACACAACCUUU